GUUUACGAGACCAGUGCUCUAACCCCUGAGCUAAGGAGGCUGAGAUGCUCGAACCAGCACCUGGCGUCCAUUUGAACACGGCUUCACUCCACAAAAUCGGACAAAGUCGUUCGCAUUUCGUAGCGUGCUGAUAAGACUCGCCUCGCUGCUGUUGAAUGUCGCUUGCGUGCCUCGUGUCAAAUAAAACAAUCAGACAGCGGUAUGGUACAGUCUACGGUAAGUUAGCUCAGGGGUCUUGACAUGUUCUCGACAGCAAGAUGGCCAAUGGCACCACACGCUGAAUGUUUACAUAUGUUUAUGUACAAUUUGGUACGCGGCGUUGCAUUAUUUAAGACCUGUUAAACGGUUUCGCAUAAUAACUCUCAAAUUUGCAAACAUUUAUGCAUUUGUUCGCAUCAUAGUUUGCAAAUAUUACGUAUGCACAAAAUCGUACUUGUUAAAUGUAACGUGCACGUACGGAAUUGCUACGUAAACAGUGUGAAAGUUUGCUCAAAUUUGUGACAGAGCACACUUAAAAUGACUUGGAAAGAAAAUUGGCUCUGUUUCUUUUCAACAUCACCACUUUUGAGCGAACAGAUAAGGAUUUUUUUCGCGAUUUUUUCUCUGCAUAUUUACAGCGAAAAUGGAAAUUUGAGUUGUCUGAAAUUUCAGAGUGAGAUUUCUUGCAUGCGAGAUGAGCCCGAGUGCCUGCUACCGUAUGGCCACCGCAGAUAGUGACACACUCUGACGUCACGUGGAAACCAAUGUGAAUCGUGACUCGUUUGUUGAAUAUUGUGUUUACGGUCGUGGCUCUCCCUGUCACGGAGUCUUGUCAGCCACACAUUAAAUGGUCGUCCGUAACUAGAGGCAGUGCAGCAGCUCGUGAAAUCACAACGAAAAACCGUUACGCAAGACUUGGAUCGACGAGGUGUACGCCUACACUGUCCUCGUCAGUCUGGCCGUCAGGCUGAGUUCAGUUCAGUGAUUGAUGGACUGGAGUCACCGCGAGCUUACACGGACACUCGGAUUCCUGUCAGCCCUGUAACCUGCACUCCAUCGCUCCGAGUCCUCGCUCGUGCACGAAAAAUGCUCGCCAACUGUCCCGUUGGCCUGAAGAGGUCCGAGCCAGGCCUCCACCUUCAAGCUCACAUCGGAACCCGCGCAGGGGAGAGGCCUUUGCAGUGUACGGUGUGUGACAAGACUUUCGAAACAAAAUUUAACUUGCGGAUGCAUCUCCGUAUCCACACCGGAGAGAGGCCUUUUGAGUGCGAAGUGUGCAAGAAAGCUUUUUCUCGUAAGGAAGACCUUAUAAAGCACCUCCGCAUCCACUCAGGGGAGAAGCCCUAUGAGUGCGCGGUCUGCAAACAGAAGUUCAUCCAAAGAGCACACCUCUACACUCACAUGCGCACACACACUGGUGAAAAGCCGUUGGAGUGUGCGGUCUGCAGCAAAAAGUUCAGUACAGGCAGCCUACUUCGAGGGCAUCUGAGAACGCACACGGGAGAGAAGCCUUUCGAGUGCUAUGAGUGCAGCAAGAAGUUCAGAGACGGUAGCGACUUCAAAAGGCACCUCAAGACCCAUACCGGCGAGAAGGCCUUUGAGUGCACAGAGUGCGAGAAGAAGUUUGUUGCAGGGGGCGACCUGCGACGGCAUUUGAGGACCCAUACCGAAGAGAAGCCCUUCAAGUGUGGAGAGUGCAAGAAGGAGUUCGCUCAGAGUGCCCACCUUGAGAGGCACAGAAUGGUCCAUUCGGGCGAGAAGCAUUUUAAGUGCACAGCGUGCAAGAAGAUGUUCAGAGACGGUGACGCACUCAGAAAGCAUCUGCGUACGCACUCAGGAGAGAGGCCUUUCAAGUGCACAGUGUGCCACCAAUGUUUCCAUCGAGCCGACGGUCUGAAAAGGCACGCUAAGACCCAUGCCCGGGCCAGCAGCCGUACUCCAGCCCAUCAGGUGCGGUUACCUAGUUUCAAGUCCUCUUCUUCAUGGCACGCUGCUUCCAGUCUCCGGUGCAGCUUCCUGAAAAAUGCUGAGCGGGAUUAGUUUUUGUUUAUUAUGUAUCUAAUACAUGAAGUUCGUUUUGUUUAUUAUGUAUCUAUUACAUACAGUUCGUUUUUGUUUUCAUUUUUAUAUUUGGAGGAGUUUUUACGACUAGUUUUCAUGCUGUGUAUCGGAGUGAAAUAAAUUUUCUCACACAUUUUC